AUGGAGGUGACCGAGAAAAGGAUGGGAUUGGAAUGUGUUUUGAUGCUCUAUGUGUCAAGAUUUGUUGAUGGUUUCCUCCAACCUCUCCAACGGGUUUCAUUCUCACUUACAGAAAGAGUCCGCAGCCUAAGCAUGGCUGAGGAGACUUUCUGUGCCAUGGCCCCCUCUCUCCUCUCCCCUCCUCUCUGGCCAUGCUGGCCUCCUCACCUUUCUGUGAACAGGUUGGGUGUGAUCCCACCUUUUGUGUUAGAUGUUCCCCCAGAUAUCAGGCAAGCAGGUAUUGACAUGCUUCCCCUGCCCUGA